CUCGUAAGUACGUCCUGCGUUGUAUCGAAUGUUAGUAGCCACGAAUCCAAUCUGCGAGUCGACAUCUCUAAAUCCCACAAAUACCAUUAAUUAAAUUGUUCGAUGCAACUUCUUCCAGCGAGCUGCACCUCCAUUAGAGUACGCUGUAUCACAAUUCCACAACCCACCAACUCUAUCGCCAUUGUCCAUCGCCCUUUGGACCGAGACGCCGCCAAUCCCUCGUCAGCUCGAGCUUGUUUGUUUCGUCCGUGCAGGGUAUAUCAUCAGGUCAUUGAACGCACGCAACAGAACUUCUAUUCUCUUGUGUUGUGUUUCGGUCUGGACUGAGUGUAAGACAUACAGAGAACAUCUACUACUAGCUACCCAAGCUGUAGCUGUGUCAUUUAUUAGUUAUCUUGCCCCUCUGUAGCAAACCAUUCAGCAAAGAUGAGGUGGUUUGGACGCAACAGAAGCGAUAAGAAGAAGCAACCUCUGAUUCAGAUGGUUAACUCUGUUGGCAAGGAUGAUGAGCCAGCAGCACCAGCAGCACCAGCAGCAGAGGAAGCACCGCCCGCAGAAGCUGCACCCCAACAAGACCCCCCUGGAACUGCCACGGCUCCACCAGCCGACGCCAAUCCACCCCCUACAAACCCUGAAGCUGCUGCUGCUGCUGCUGCUGAUACUCCUGUACCACCCGUAACUUCUGAGCUGGACUACAACAUCCCGGCAAAACGCGUUACUAGCGGAGAGCGCGAGAUGAUUCUACCCAAGCACUUGAAGAAGAACUACGAUGUCAACGAUGAUGGAAAAGACGCAAAGGCCAACAAGCAGGGUAACAGUGAACUUGGUGGAACUGACUACUUACCAUUCGUCGACGUGCCAACAACAUCGCAGGACGACUCCCACAGCACCGCCGUCAUUUCGGCCAUUUCCCUCAGUACCAUUGGAGCUUCAAUAGAGCGUGAACUGGAAGGGGCCAAGGGUCUCAAGGGCAAGCCUCCGCUGGAGAUCAAGGCCAACACCCAUCAAAGUGUCAAAAAGAAAGAGAAUGUCGGUUACCUCCGACGAAACUUCCAAAAAGCUACCUUGGCUGUCAAGACAGCCGUGGUAAGCACACUCCCCAACAAGGUCGUCGAUGGAUUGGCAUCUGCCUAUGACACGAUACAUGCUCCCAGGAACAACAAAGACAAGAACCUGGAUGACGUUCCUGUCACGGCACGAAAGUACCGACGAGAUCACCCCGACUUGUUACUGCCCGGAAACGUUCCUCGAGUCGGCUUUACGGCUAUUUUUGCUGCCAUUCCCCUCUGGGUCAAGUACUUGGCGGUGGGUGCCGUGGCAGCCGCAGCUCUCACCGGCUUGGCAUUGGAACUGGAAAACACCAUGCUCGGAGAGCAACUCUUUGAUUGGCAAGAAGAAACCUUUGUCGACUGGACCGAAGAAAAGAGCGUGGCUUUCAUCGGUAACUCGUACUUUUUCGUCAAUGAUGUCCCCCGUCUCGUGAAUAAGAUCAGUGGUGGGCGAGUGCAUCAAGGCUCCUGUGUCAACCCAGGAGCAUCGCUGGGAAGACUUCUCCGAGCAGGAAACGGCAUGUACGAGUACUGGGACACAGAUAACGCUAUCACAUACAAGUUCAAUACCGAAUGGAACGAAGACUACGACGGCGAAGGUGUCCAUGACUACGGUUCUUGCAGUGUCUUCCAACUGCUGGAAGGGUACGAUAACGAUUUGACCUACAUGAACUACAACGGAGCAUACUACUACGAAGAAGGCAUGAACCCUUGUUUCGAAGACGAAAACUAUAUCUUGUACUUGAACGAUUGGAACUUGAAGAAUCCAAGCGUCUUUGACUAUGUCAUCUUGAACGACCAAACAGCUCGUAUGGCUGACGCUGAUGCAAGAGAGGACACUGUCGAUGCUUUGAAGUAUGCGUAUGCGCCCAUGAUCAAAGAUUCCCGAGCCAAGCCACUACUCGUUGACACUCAUGCCUACCCUAUGGAAGCAGGAAGCAACGAAACCGACUAUGGCGAGUCCAUUCCAUACAUGCAAGCCAUGAUCUACUAUGGUGUCGAAGAGUACCUAAUGGCACUCAAGUAUAACUUGCCCAGCUACCAAGAGCCCAAGGUUGUCCCCAUCGGUUUGGCAUACCUUACCGUGUGGGAAGAGAACCAUAGCUUGUGGUCCAAGCUCUUCCUGAAUGAAACCAUGCCUUAUGCCUCGCCUUAUGGAUCCUAUCUGUUCGCCAACGUCAUUUAUGCUUCCGUCUAUGGACACUUGCCGCGACGACCGACACAGCAAUCACAGAUCAAGGACUUCUUCAAAACUGCUCGUUACCUGCCCGAAUUGCCAGAUGAUUGGACCGGUAUCUUUCCUACCAUCCAAGAGUCCGACUACUUGCGACUUGUGGCAAGACGAGUUACUCUCAAUGGAGAAAUCCCUACUUCCUUCACCAAUGCAAAAGAACAGAUCGAACUUGAGCUACGGGGAGGAUAUGAAGCAGAAGAAGAAGAGUGUGUUUGCGAAGACAGUCGCGACCAAGAAGAAGAAGAAUGCGAAGAAGGCGAUGACGACGGCGCGGGUUGCGAGCAAGAGGAGGAAGAAGAGAAUGAGGAGGAAGAAGGGUCACAAGAGUGCGAGUGUCAAAGCCAGGACGAGGAUAUGGAUGAGCAAGAAAACAGAGGACGUCGUUUGGUGUAAGCAAAGCAUGAUUGACGCCAGUCUUAUUACUAGGCGGGCGGUUUUUUGGGACCUCAAUCAAAGAUAUGUGUAUGCAUUAUUUCAAACUUUUAAACUACAUAUUAGUCUAUCAUAAAAGUAAUACUGUUUCGUUAGGUGUUG